GCGAAUGCCAAGCGCACAGUAGAAGGGAGUGGUACGUCAAAAACUGACGCACAGCGGCAGGCCAAACAAGUCCAUAGUUUAAUAUAGCCAAGCACAAUACCGCACCACAAUAAUAUAAACUGUAAAAUACAUAAAACAAAAGUCCAGAAACUUACGUGACCAAGUGCAAAACAGCAAAAAAAAAACGAAGGAAAAUCUAUAACUAUAAUAAGAAAACGAAAAGAGCAAACUGUGAGUGCGUGUGUGAAAAAAACAAGCCACAAAUCAGAGCGAAACAGGAAGGGCAACGCAACAACGAACGCCAAAUACCUUCAAUUGCGGAGAUAGCCGGGCUUAUGAGUUAUAUAAAACAAGCUGCCAAGCGGAUGUGGUAGAAUCUAAAAGGGAUUUCUUGAAGGGCCAGGAGGAUGCCAGGCAGCCGGCGAGCCAAAGGGCACAAAAUUGCAACAUCCGCAACUUCGGGGACUUCGAGGACUUCGAAUCAAAGCUGAAGGAGCAACCGCAGCAAUAUACUCUCAAGGCAACUCAUGUCAAUGUCAAAGUUGAAGUAGAAGAAAGCCAAAAGGACGGACAGCUACUGCUAUAUAGCUAUAAAAGCAAAAGCAUUUUAAACUGCAGAUGACAAAGAAGGUUGUGCUACAUCUACAUAGUAAAUACAAAACAAAUUUAAGCGUAAGAAACCCCAAAAACCGCACACCCACGACCCACGACCCGAAAAACCUAAGCCCCAAAACGAAAACCAAAACCUAGACCAAAAUAAACAGAGAGCGAACAAGUGGACGGGGAAUCCCCGGAUUUUCGAACUGGCAAAGGAAGGCAAACGGUUCCGGAUACGGUGACCCGUUUUGCAGGCUGCAAAAUGUCCGUGGACUUUAUACUGCCCAAUCGCAACAAGAUCCAAACGAUUGCCUAUGCAAGUGCCAGCAAGAAAUAUGUGGCUGGAUCCCAUUUGGCAUUGGCUCCGACAGCAGCAGGAUCAGGAUCGGGAUCAGGAUCAGGAGCUGACUUGCAGAGCUGGCGUCGCCCAAAGCCCAGGACCUCGGGAAAACUGAAGCAGGAGGAGAAGUCCAGCCCAGUGACCGCUGCCAGUUCGGUGCUAAGAAAUGCCAAUGGAAAUGGCCUGGCAAACGGUGGCGGAAAAUCACCACUUAAAUCGCUGGCCAAGAGAUCCUCACGCUCGGUUCUUAGACGGGAAAUCAUCGAUCUGGACGAGAAGGAGGGCGAGGAGCAGGAGGAUCAGCUUUGCGAGCAUCUGGAGUGGUCGGCCGCCCAGUCCCUGGUCCAGAUGAACUCCUCCAAACAGGAAAAGCAGCGGCGAGCGGGAACUACGGCAUCUCCUGUAACUGUGGCAGCGCCAAUUUCCACCUCAGUAUCGCUGCGCCGUCCAGUGGGCAGAGCUCCGGCGGAGGAUGGCAAGGUGAUUUUCUACGCCCCGCCCGCCAGCGCCAGUGGAUCGCCCCGCCAGCCGGAGCCGGUAACCUUAAAGCGGGAGCGGGACAGGGAGCGUGAGAGGGAGAGAGAGCGGGAUAGGGCGCGAAUGGAGCGGGACAGAGUGAGGACAGAGCAACAAGUGGCCGCCUCGAUUUACCGCGGUCGCAGUGUCGAGGAAACGGAAGCGGCCCACGACUUGCUCUCUCUCUCGCAGAGCCUGCCGCCCCUGAUCCCGCCCUGCGUGGUGACCAUCAUGAAGCAGGAACAGGAGCAGCAGCUCCGCUCUCCGGAAAUCCAGGAGAUAUCAAACAGCGCUUCCAGCCGAUCGCCCCAGUCGACCAUCCGGUUCAUAGGCAGCAGCUCCUACGACCUGAUGAACGGCUCCUCGGAGGCGGCCAACAACUGCUCGCCCCUGACGCCGCCGAAUUCGGACCACAGCUCAGACGUGGACAUAGACAUGUCUUCCUCCUCCGAAUCGGGCCUGCAGCAGUGGGGCAAGCCGCAGAAUCAGCAACGGGCCUCGGCCCUCAAGAUGUGCCUCAACAUGCUGGAUGGCCGGACCAAGGCGAGCCGGGCGGCCAAUGUGGGCAAGCAGGAGAGGGACAAGCAGGAGGACAAACUGGUGCAGCAGCCGCGGCCCAAGAGUGCCCAGAGCAAUGCCUCAUCCUCGGGCGGUAAUACGGUGGCAUCGGAACCCCCUGAGGCACCAACAGCGACUGGCUCCUCGGGCAGUGGGGAGAACUAUGCCAAGCGGAAGAGGGGCUGCUACAAGUGCUGCGAGUGUGGCAAGCAGUAUGCCACCUCCUCGAAUCUCUCACGCCACAAGCAGACGCACCGCUCCCUGGACUCGCAGUCGGCCAAGAAGUGUAACACCUGUGGCAAGGCCUAUGUGUCCAUGCCCGCCCUGGCCAUGCACUUGCUCACGCACAAGCUUUCGCACAGCUGCGACAUUUGCGGAAAACUCUUCUCGCGGCCUUGGCUGCUCCAAGGUCACCUGCGGUCCCACACCGGCGAGAAGCCCUAUGCCUGUGUGCAUUGCGGCAAGGCCUUCGCCGAUCGCUCCAAUCUGCGGGCUCACAUGCAAACCCAUUCGGGGGACAAGAACUUCAAGUGCCAUCGCUGCAACAAGACCUUUGCCCUCAAAUCGUACCUCAACAAGCAUCUGGAAUCGGCCUGUCUGCGGGACACGGGGGCCAUUGAUCAGGGCAAGAGUUUGGGCGAGGAUGAGGAUGAUCUGGAGGGCGACGAUCUGCUGGACAGCGAUGAGAACAGCCAGGACAUUGUGGUGGCCUAGGAACUCGGACAAGCAACCAUCUCCUGCCCGCAACUAUGAUACUUUACACCAGAACCCUAUAAGCAAUACUCGAGCACCCUUAUCAAAUUAAUACUAAAAACAAAAAAAAAAAAACAAAAUAUGAAUUAAAAACAAACAAAAUCUAGUCUAGAAAUCGGCUUACUAGCGGAGUAGUACGUUAAACAGAAGGCAAGAUGAUGAUGAUGAAAACUGGAUCUCAACUCAAUAGAAUCUUCUUCAAGCAGUUAUAAACACACACUUAUAUAUCUACUCACUUAUAAUCUCUCUGAACUAUCCCCAAAAAAAUCUCUCCAAGUUGCAACUUUUACGGAACGUAGAUUGUGGGAGGCAAAAGAAACAAAGCAAAAAACAAAAGGUUUGAGAAGGAAAUCCAAAACGUAACUUAUAGUAAAAAUCUGACACAACGAAUAUUAUGGAACAUAAGUAGAAAUUCUAUAUAUACACAGAUCAAAUAAGCAUUAUAUACAGCAGAAGGAUGAGGAGGAGGAGCGAAAAAGAAGAAAUAUGAAGGGAAUGGCAAAUUAUAUGUAUACAUAUGAACUAAAUGAUUAAUACCUAGCGAGCAGAACCAAUUUGCAUGUUUUUUGGUAAAUAUCUACUUUUAGGCAUCGUUUUAGGGCUCUAGAGUUUAUAUACACCCCCAGCAACACAGUCACCACUACCCCCCACUCACCUAGAUAUUUAGUCCGAGUCGGAGCUCAGUUCAAGUCUUAGCAAACUAAUCAAUUAGUGAACUUAUAGCACUUCCCGCAACUCCCUAUAUAUCUCACUCUCUCUCGCUCUUAGACUCUUUUUAACCAAUAACUCAAUGAUCAAGUUUAGCAAUCGGAAAUCGGAUAUACAUAUAUAGUGACGAUCGAUGAGGGAUGAACCAUUUUAACCGCUGCGGCAACUUUACACUCUAACCAAGUUUAAGAAGAGAUUACUUCCAUAUUAUGCUCUAACUCGAUAAACAGAAAACUACUUCAAUUACUUAGAAAUGAUUAAAAUUAAUGAGAAAACAAUUUAGAAACAUAUCACAAGGACAAUACUUAACAUAAAUAAAUACAUUCAAAGUAUGGAAGGAAAAUGUGUGGAUGAUGGAAGAAGCGACCCAAUUAAGACCCCAAUUCUCAUACACAAGCAACAAAGUACUUACGAAAUAGUUAUUUAUUACUAGCAUUAGAACCCCAUGAUGACUCGUGUACAUACAUAUAAAUAAUUGCAAAUUUAAAAACAAUUUUAUACAAGAAACUACCCCCGUACCCGCGACCCCUCGAGCUUUGGCCCAGCCAAAGGUUUCCAAAAACAAAAAGGAUAUACUCCAAGAAAGGAUAUACUGGCAUGUAGAUGCGAGUAUCCUUGAAGUUCUGGGAAGUCGAAAACAGUUGACGAAACGAUGAUGAUAGACGUAGAAGACGCACUUGUAAAACAAAUGAUAACUAAAAGCAAUUCCAAAGUUAAGUGACAUAGUUUUUAACGAACAAAAAAACAAAAAAAUACAAAAACUUGUAAUUCUAUUUAAAACCAAAAAUCGAGAAGUAUUGAUAUACACAAAACAUGUAUUUAUUUUACGCGUAGUUUUUAUUCCGAAACCAUAGCCAAAAAUGGCAACAAAAAACCGAAAGAGUAAACUUGAAAACAAUUUAAUUAAAUUGUCAAUUACAAUUAUUUCAUAAUUUAGAAAUUGAAAUGAACGAGGCGAACGGCGAUAGAGGUUAUUUUUUAAAGCAUAUAUACACAUGAAUAUAUUACAAAAUAAAUAAAUAUAUUUAAAAGAGGCAGUUUUAUAUCGAAAUUAAUAAUAGUAAAUGCAAAGUAACAACAAAAUAUUGAAAACCAUUCGAACUUAAUUAUACAACGAGCAAGAAACCAUUAAUUAUAAACCCCCCACACAGACACACUCUCACACAUACGCCCACAAUUUUAUAGCAACAAAGCAGAUUAUUACAUCGUACUCUACAUACGUGCGCGCCAUGUAGAUAACCAAGUAGCGCCGCAUGUCGCAAGUAAAAAAGCAGAAAAACCAGAAAAACAGCAGAAUAUCGGGGCAGAUUUAGAAUUUAGACCAGAGAGUGCUAUGCGCAUUGUUUAUAGGGCCAUAGUUCGAAAUCGUGUUUAUGCAUGGCUUUAUUGAUGAUUAUUGAUAGCGUUUUAAAUAGCAUUAAAUGCCUAUAUACACAUAAGCAAACUAAAAAAAAAUAAAAACAAACAAAAAAUUGAAGAAAAUCUGAAAAAAAACGUAUAUAAGAAAUUCCAUUGAACAGUAGUGGUAACAAUUAUGUGAUUUGCAAUUUUACAUUCAAAAUAUAUAUGAAAUAAUUACGAAUAUAAAUAGAUUAUAUAUUGAGGCGAGUGUUUAAUUGAUUUAUUUAUGAGUAAGAUUUAUUUAUACACAUUAUACACCACAAAAAAAAAAAAAUUGAGAAACAAACAAAAUGACAAAAAGUAAAAAUAAGGAGAACGCGAAUGGAUUAAGUAGAGGCGAAGCAAAAAAUAUUUUUACACAGAAACCUUGUUUUAUACACGCGGCAAAUUGAAUCCCAAAAUCGUAAAACCCCAAGCCACACCUGUGAAAAUUAGUUAGAGCCUGAAACACUGAAACACUUUUAAAACAGACGUGCAGCUGUGCUACCGAUUUCACUUUUUUAUUUAAUUUUUAAAUUAUUGAAAAAUAAAUACUGAAAAAAAAAUAAAUAAUUGGUUCCUUUUUUAUUUAACGAUGUAAUUUUAUCACACUUGUACUUGUUUUAUUUAUUUUAUCUUAUAAAACAUAAAUUUGUUAAAGUGAAAUAACCAAUUUGGUCUUAUUUAAUUAAUAAGAAAGUGAAAUCGAGGACUCGAGCUGUUUAACACCUACACCAAUAAUUUCAAGAUCAAUGACACCAAUUCAAUCUUUAUUAUUAUACAAUAAAUAAAAGGGCGGCAGAAAUCGAGCAUGGUGAGAUAUUUUAUAAAAUGAACGAUUAAUAACGUAAAGAUAUUAAUUUAUAUAUUCAUAUAUUAGAGAUGCAAAAAGACUUGAACAGUUAUAUACAUUUAAAAUUGCAAUAUAUUGUAUACUUCAUCAAAAAAAUUAUAUACAUACAUACCGGCAUAUAUAUGCAACCACGUAUAUAAGUAAACAUAUUUAACUUAUUUAUAUAAAUGCUUACAGCGAACCGUAAACAUAUACAUCAUAAACCGAAUCUCAAUUUUUCCAAUGCAAGACGAAUAGGAAUCCCUCAAGUACAUAACUCAAGAUCAAUUCAAGUAUAUACUCAAUGACCAGGAAUAUAUAGCUAAAAAAGAUAUAUAAUUAAUACUACUACUACGUAUGCAAUACAAUGCCACGCCCACUUCCUGGAUGGCAGGCAGCGAUUUUAAGGCGCUGCCCGUAGGUGAUUUCACAGAUUUUUCCUUUUGAUACUUAGCAUUUGUUCUUGUUCUACUUUUAGUUAGAGAAUGUUCAACUAGUUUCAGCUUUGGUAGGAGUUAAAUAAUCGACUUUAAAGAAUGUGACACACACACAAAACAACAACAACAGCAAAAACAAGAACAUCUAGAUGAACAGCAGCUAUACUAAUCUAAUAACCCCGUAACCCCCGCACACACACGCUCUAUUAGACACUAACCGACAUUUUACAGACAUACCCACAUGCAUAACCGUGCGAUUUUAUGGCAAAUAUGUAGAGCAUAUAACCUAUUAUAUCCCAAAGAAAGCUAAUCCAUUCUUAAAUUAAUAUACACGCGAGUAACCGGAGAAAGCGAAGCGAAUAGAAUCGAAUCGAGAGGAAUUACAGAAGAAUUCAUUAUGGAAAUACGUGACAACAAACAAAGAAUUAA